AUGCACGGCGGCGGCAGCGUGGCCCGGGGACUCCUUCCGCUGCUCCUUGUGGUGGCCUUAAUUAUUGAAACACAGUGCAAAAAUGAGACUGAAGCUAUAAUGCAUAUAACAUACAAUAAAUUAAUUACAAAGAGGAUCAUUGCUAAGAGGGAAAUUAAUUGCAACUGGGACGAAUACAGUCUGGGUGUUCAGUGUUGCAAGAAAUGUGAACGUGGUUUUGUUAAAAAUGUCAGCUGCCCAACAGAUACUAGCAAACACUGUGUUCCGUGUGAAAAUGGAAAGGAGUACAUAGAUCAUGUCAAUGAUCUGGCCAAGUGUUUGAGGUGCGCUUCAUGUGACAGCAUAUUUGGUUUGGAGGUUGCAAAGAACUGUAGCCAGGCACAGAACACAAAAUGCACCUGUGCAAAGAACCAUUUUUGCAAUUCUUCUGUACCAUGUACGCAUUGCGAUCCGUGUACCAUAUGUGAAAGCGGUGUAAUUGAAAAACAAUGUACUUCAACUUCAGACACUGUGUGCGGACUGAAAGAAACAAGAACACCAUGGUGGGCCAUACUUUUGGCAAUUCUGUUACUACUUCUAGCAGUUGGAGGAAUAGCGUACUGCGUAAGACGGAAGUGGUUUAAUACAAGGAAAAGGCCCCAUGAAUUCCCCCAACCAUCCAUUUCUGAUGAGAUUGUACCUCUCAGACAAGAUGUUGAUUUGAGCACCUAUGUUACUGAUAUUAUGGAAGAGAUGACAUAUAAAGAAGUACUGAAAUUUGUUCGUUAUCACAAAGUACCACAAACUAAAAUAGAUGAGAUUAUUCAUGAUAAUCGUGAUACAUUUGAACAGAAGAUCCAUCUUUUUCGAGCCUGGCUUCAAAGACAUGGAAUGAAUGGAACCUAUGAAACCCUGAUAAGAAGCCUGAGAGACCUUAAGAUGCGUGCUGUAGCUGAUAAAAUUGAGAGAAAACUACAGGCAGCUGUUUCCAACUCUGAGUAAAGGGGGAUAGUUCUACAAUGGUGACACUCAGA